CAGGGCACCGCUCGCCCGACUCUUCCGCCGUCGCCGCCUGGCACCCUAUACAUUUCUCAUUCUGAACCGCGACAGCUCCAACCAUGGCGGGUAAACGCGACUUUCUGUCCAUGGAGGCGCCUGAGAAUUAUGUCGCUGGUCUCGGGCGUGGUGCCACCGGAUUCACAACCCGCAGUGACUUGGGUCCUGCAAGGGAGGGGCCUAGCGAGGAGCAAAUGAAGGAGAUGCUCGCAAAGCGCGCUGCACAACUCGGACAGGCAGCUCCUUCAGCAUAUGGAGCUACGGAAAAGAAGGAGGAAGAUGACGAUGACGACCGAUACCAGGACCCGGAUAAUGAAGUGGGGCUGUUUGCGUCGGGCAUGAACUUUGAUCGGGAUGAUGAUGAGGCAGACGAGAUCUUUGCACUAGUGGACGAGAAGAUGGACCGCAGGAGACGCGCACGCAGGGAAGAACGAGAACAGCGAGAGCGGGAAGACUACGAGAGUAAGAACCCCAAAAUCCAGCAGCAAUUCGCGGACCUGAAACGCGCACUCGGAACGGUUACGGAAGACGAAUGGGCGGCCCUACCGGAGGUCGGCGACAUGACUGGACGAACGAAGCGAGCUCGCGAAGCACGCCAGAACAAUCGGUUUUACGCGGUGCCGGACAGUGUCAUCGCGGGGGCUGCAUCAGCGGGACAACUGGACACUUCAAUAUCGGCAGAUGCUGGGGAUGGGACUGUGACGGAUUUUGCGUCUAUUGGAGCUGCACAGAAAUCUGCCCUGCAAGUGCGCUUGGAUUCCGCGGCUCAGUCUGCAGGCGGCGACUCUACUUCAGGAACCGCUACAAGCAUCGACAACGUAAAGGGAUACCUGACCUCUCUCGAAAAGUCGGCUGUCAAGGCGGGCGAAGUACCUGUAGAGGACCUCAACCGUGCUCGUCUACUACUCGAAUCCGCCGUCAAGACGAAUCCGAAGAACGGACCCGGGCAUGUGGCGCUUUGCCGACUUGAGGAGUUUGCUGGAAAAGUGACGAGAGCUAGGAAGGUCAUUGCACAGGGCGCAGAGCUCUGUCCGAGGAGUAUAGAUGUCUGGCUGGAGAACAUCCGCAUUAAUCGCGAGAAUCUUCAGAAUAGUCGAAUCAUUGCCGCCAAUGCUCUGAAAAUUCCGGGAAACUCCAAGAGCGUUGAGUUAUGGCAGGCAGCACUGGAGCUUGAGUCAACCACACAAGCUCGUAAGAGGGUCCUGCGCCAGGCUAUUGACUCGAUUCCUUCAUCCGUGGAGCUCUGGAAGUCAUUGAUCAAUGAGACAGAAGACAUCGAGGAGGUCAAAUUGCUCUUUCACAAAGCGACACAGACCAUACCACUCUCCGAGGAACUAUGGAUUAGUUACGCGCGUGUCUGCAAUCCCACGGACGCACAGAAUGUUCUCAAUCAGGCGCGCAAGGCCAUCAAAUCAAGCUGGGCAAUCUGGGUAGCAGCUGCACGACUACAGGAGCAGCUCGGUAGUGAAGACGACCUGGUUCACAAGAUUCUGGAGCGCGCGGUCAAGUCUCUAGCUAAGGAAAAGGCCAUGUUGAAGCGCGAAGACUGUAUAACCGAGGCCGAGAAAUGCGAGGAAGAGGGCGCUGUUCGUACUAGCGUAGCCAUCAUCGACGCAACACUCGGCUGGGGUCUAGACGAAGAUGACGAUCGCAAGGAGGUUUGGCUGAAAGAUGCAAAGUCUUCCAUUGGCCGAGGUCACUUUGCGACUGCUCGAGCCAUGUAUGGGUAUGCUCUGAAGGUGUUUACUCAGAGUAAAACACUGUGGCACGCGACUGCAGAGCUCGAGAAAAACCAUGGCACUCACGCCGGUCUCGUCAGCGUUCUGGAGAGGUCUGUCAACGCAGUAUCCGGAACAAAAUCCGAAUCGCUUUGGCUCAUGCUAGCCCGGGAACAGUGGCAUGCUGGCGAACUCAACCAGGCUCGAGAGACUCUUGCCAAAGCAUUCGAUGCAAUCCCCGAUAACGAGAACAUCUAUCUCCGAGCUGUCGAGCUGGAAGUGGAUGCGAAAAAUCAUGAUCAGGCACGAGGGUUCCUUAAACAUGCUAGAGAAAAGGCUUCGACCGCUCGCAUUUGGCUUCGUAGCAUAGUGCUUGAGAGAAAUCUCGGAAACGUUGAUGACGCUCUAAACCUGACCAACGAAGCGCUUGAUUUCUUCCCAGGUGCUUGGAAGCUCCACGCCGUGAAAGGUCAGCUAUACGAGUCUAUGGGGAAGCUACCACAGGCAGAACAGUCGUACGCCCAGGGUACACGUGUCUGCCCGAAGAGCGCACCUUUGUUUCUCCUCCUCUCUCGAAUUCUGGAGCGACAGGGAUUCGUCACCAAGGCACGCUCGGCGCUCGACCGUGGAAAGUUGGCAAACCCGAAGAACGACGUCCUGCUCUGCGAGAGCGUCCGGCUCGAGCGGCGCGCGGGCAAUAUUCCAGCCGCUAACAAAGUCAUGGCGCAAGCUUUGCAAGAAACCGGUGGCCACUCUGGUCUCCUCUGGGCUGAGCGUAUCAUGCACCUAGAAUCCCGCACACAGCGUAAACCGCGUGCCCUCGAAGCCAUCAAGAAAAUCGAUAACAACCCCAUGCUCUUUGUCGUCGUGGGGCGCAUCUUCUGGGGCGAGCGUCGGCUCGAGAAGGCAGCGACUUGGUUCGAGAAGGCUUUGGUGCUGGAUAGCGAUUACGGCGAUGCGUGGGCUUGGUACUACAAGUUCCUGGAGCAGCAUGGGACCGAUGAGAAGAAAGCGGAGGUGCUGAAUAAGAUCUCGCUGGCCGAGCCGAAGCAUGGAGAGGUUUGGCAGUCGGUGUCGAAGGAUCCGAAGAAUGUUGGAAAGGGGUUCGAGGAGCUGCUGAAGCUUGCGGUUGCGAUCUUGGAGUGAGGUGGGGAUAGGGUUUGGAGGGUCUUAGAUGCAUGAAAUUGGCGUUGGAGGGGCGUUCAUGAAUCAGCUGGUCCGACUUCGAAGUUCUGAAGGAACUUUCAGCACAAUAUGGCUGAAUUAAAACACCCCGUAGGUAGGUAGUACCUAACUACUGUAACCCUUCAAUCGAGAGCGGAUCACACCGUAAUGUAACCACUUCGAGAGCGUCCAUCCAUGUUCAGGGUGCAGCCACGUUAUCUACUUGCGCAUCUCUUCCUACUAAUCCCUCAAAAUUAGCAUAUCCUAAACGUGCUAAUUGAAGGUAUGCAGAGUGUGUCUGGGAUACAUGACAAAGCCUUUGCUACUUGAGUCUUCUCCUACGCUCGUCCACAUCUUUGCCGCUUUAAUCCUUUUGCUCC